UCCGACGAAAGACCAGGAUCAAUGGACCUUGGAAAGAUGAUCACAAUCUUCAUAAAGCUUUACAAUUAAGUUUACAAGAGUGUUCUCUUAACCAAAGGUCAAUGUCGAUUGUGAAACAGGAUCAUUUCAAUCAGGAUGGCAGUACCAUUACUGAAAUAGAAAUGUUUGGGGCCUGUAAAAGAAGCAGAAGCAUUGUCAGGCAAAGUGAAGGUGAUUUGGUAUUGAAAUCAACUUCAUCUGUUUCUCAACAGGUUGAUAGCACCCCAGUUCAGUCACCAGAUGCUAAAAGACAUAAGGGAAAAAGAAAAGUGGAGGAGUUUGGCUUUAUACACAGAGCAAUAUGUUUUGAAAGCAAAGAGGGCACUGUAGCAACAGAAUGUAAAGUAGACUUCAUGGAGGUAGUUGACAAUAACGAUGAAAGUAUCAUCACCAGUAGCCAUGAAAGCGAAAUCAACAGUAGUGAUGAAAGUGAAAUCGAAGAUCAGUAG